CUUUGAAGAGGCGGACUACCGAUAGGAGUUUGAUGCCGAGAGGGAGUCCGAAGCCUCCCUCCGGCUCUAUCUAAGGUCGUUGAUGCCUCCCUCUAGUUCUAUUACGCCUAGUUUCUCCGCUACGGGUGACCACUACCGCCGGAUUCUCUUCCGCCACUUUCUGACGAUCGGUCCUCCCACCGGCAGCUACCACACCUCCUCCUCCUCUUUUUCUGUUUUGCAUAAGAAAAAAAAAAAACCCCAUAUUUUCAUUCUCUGUCUUACUUUUUUUUUUUUUGCGCUAAAGAUUCGCCGGCUGAUUAUACUCAUGAGGUAAUUAGUGCAACUCUUUUUUAAAUUUAUCGGCAAAUUAUAAAAUAUUUUAUAAAUCAAGUUAUUCAUAAUUUAUGAAUUUGAUGCAUAGUACUUAUUAUUGAAUAUAUCUUUUUCAAAAAAUAUUAAAUGAUUCAUGAUUGAACAUAUUAAUUUUGAUAUAGAUUAGGCUUAAUUUAUUUUGAUGUUAUAUGAUUUUAUAUAUUUUUUGAUUUGGAACAUGAAAUAUGUUUUUAAGAAAUAGAGUUCUGAUCCAAGAUGGCUUUGGACUUGCAACUAGACUAUAUUUUAAUAUCUUGCCGGUAAGGAUUAUAAGUUGGCACUUUGAUACUUUAUCAGCAAGGGUUAUACAUUAGCACUCAAUAUCCUGCAAGUGGGGGUUAUAUAUUGGCACUUUGAUACACUUUCAGUGAGGAUUAUAUAUUGGCACUUUGAUACUCUAUCAUUAUGGGUUAUGCAUUAGAAAUAUGAAAAUUUCUGAGCUUAUUAUUUGGCUUAGCUACAAGGUAUAAGUGUAAUCAUAGUUCAUGAGAUGAACUUGAGGUUUUUGAAAGAAUUGGAUUUAUGAAGGAAAAUUUGAAUUUUUUAGAAAGAUUGGAUUCACAUAUAUGAUGUUUUGAUAACACUCCAUGUCUAGAUUUAGUUUUGAAUUGAAAGAUUUUAUAUAAUUACUCUUAGUAAAAUUAUUAUUAUUUUAUUAUCUAAUUUAUCUAGUUAAAGAAUUCAUUACUUGCUGGGUUAUAUAGCACAUUACUCGGUACUUUAUUGUUUUUAUGGAUUCGAAAAAUUAGUUUGGCCUGAGAUUUUGCUACGGAAGAGCAAUCGGAGGCAGUGUUUUGACUUCUUAUUCUUAGUUUAGGAUUUUACUGAAGUUCAAGACUUUGAAUAUUGUUGGAUUUUGUAAGACAUUAAAUUUUGAAUCUUAGUUAUUUAAAUUUAAAUUUUGAACUUUAGUUAUUUAAUUUUAUUUUCGCUACAUUGUGUAUGAUAUCAUGAUGGAAUUCGAGUUGUUUGCUGCAUCCUUAGCAUGUAAAUUCGAGUCGGAGAUAUGACGAAUGAAAUGCUAACAAUAUAGCCACUUUUUGACCAACACUUAGAAUUGUUGUACAUGAACAACAGCAAUGCCCUAAUCUAAUUAACCACCGCUGCAACUUCUAUAAUGAUGUAGACUUCAAUUGCCAGCCUCUAGUCUUUCUAAUUUUUGGCUCUCUAGUUGACUCCAAGUACUCCUUACACAUUAUUUGGUUCACGACUGGAAUCAAAAUCGGAAUCAGAAUGGAUUGAAAUGUAAAUUAGAAUAGCCAUAUUUUCCAAAACUUUGUCUUGUGUCGAGAGUUAGAAUUGAAAUAGAAUUUGAAUACUAGGAGGGAAUCGAGAUUAAGUUUUGGAGAAUUAGGACAUUUUCAUUUUUUUCUAAAAUUAGAAUGAAAAUGAGACUCCUUCCAACCUAACAACUAGAAUGAAAAUAGUCAUUCUUAUUUUCGUUCUAGAGGCCGACUCCUUCCAACCAAAUAUGCCUAAGAUAUAUAAGUAGCGGGUAAUUUCAAAGUGAAGCUGUUGGGUCUCACCAAUCAAGCCAACCAGCCAUCUAUGCAGAAGAACCAUUGAAGUAUCCAACGCCUUCUUAGAGUUGUUGGGAAAUGAUUCAGCCGAAAUCUCCAACCAGGCUGUGGUUCCCGGCUUUUAUAUGCUUGGUGCCAGACUCCGCGCUCAUGAGCCAGGUUUCAAAUGCGUUCGGCAGCAAACCACGUCCGAAAAAUAGCCGUUGGUUCCCGUGCGGCUCCCGCCACUUGCUCCAUCCUUCCAAAUCUCCAAACAGAAAUCCUCCCCGGAUUCAAAUCCCCCACCCACCAAACCCUCGACUCACUUCUCCAACGAUGCCCCUCCAUGAAGCUACUCAGGCAGCUCCACGCCCAGCUUGUCACCAAUGGACUUCUCGGAGAAUCCCUCACCCUCGGGAGGCUCAUCGCCUUCUGCUCCGUCUCCGACGCCGGGGACCUCGAUUACGGCCGCGAGGUCUUCGAACGGGUCCCCGAGCCUAAUAAAUUCAUGUGGAAUAGUUUGAUCCGAGGCCAUUCCAACAGUGAUAACCCAAAGGAGGCCCUUUUCCUCCACCGCCGAAUGCUGCGUUCUGGCCUCUUGCCGAACCACUUCACUCUUCCUUUCGUUCUCAAGUCGUGCGCCAGAGCGUCGGCUCAUAUGGAAGCCCUGAUGGUUCAUGCUAUGAUCUUUAAGCUCGGAUCUGAGUCACAGAUCUUUGUAAUGAAUGCCCUUCUCCAUGCCUACUCAUCCUGUGGGUUGAUGUCUUUAGUGCGUAAGGUGUUUGAUGAGAUUCCUUACAGGAAUGUCGUUUCUUGGAAUUCAGUGAUUGGUGGGUAUUCUCAGUUGGAUGAUUGCGGGGAAGCAUUUGCUCUGUUCAGGGAAAUGAGAGAAUCGGGUUUGGAGCCUGAUGAAUUCACCCUGGUUAGCCUCCUCUCUGCUUGCUCACAAAUGGGGAGUCUCAAUUUGGGUAGGCUGGUACAUCAUUACAUAGUGGUUAUGGGAGCUAAUAUUGAUAUGAUUUUGGGGAAUGCCUUGGUAGAUAUGUAUGGAAAGUGUGGAGAUUUAGGUUUGGCUCAGAAAUGCUUCGAUGGGAUGCCUGUGAGGAAUGUAGUUACAUGGACAUCCAUAGUCUGUGCUCAUGCAAAACAUGGGCUGAUUGAUGAUGCUAGAUGUUGGUUUGAUAGAAUGCCUGAGAGGAACAUAGUAUCUUGGAAUGCCAUGAUCUUUUGCUAUGUUCAAAAUGGAUUAUGUCAUGAAGGCUUUGAUCUUUACACCCAGAUGCAAGAUUUGAGAGUGUUGCCCGAUGAGACGACUUUGGUCGCUGUUCUUUCAGCUUGUGGCCAAAAUGGCAAUUUGGUCAUUGGAAAGAAAAUCCAUGAUUACAUCUGUGCAAACAUUGCAAAUCCUAGUGUCACACUUUUUAAUUCUCUUGUUGACAUGUUUGCGAAAUGCGGUUAUAAAGACACUGCCUUGGGUCUCUUUGGCAGGAUGCCAGAAAAGAAUGUGGUGUCUUGGAAUGUGAUUAUUGGGGCCUUGGCGAUGCACGGUUGUGCAUUUGAUGCCGUUGAACUCUUCAAACGCAUGGUCAGCAAGGGCUUUUCACCUGAUGGGAUCACCUUUACUGGUUUGUUAUGUGCAUGCAGUCAUAGAGGUCUAUUAGAAGUUGGACAGCACUACUUUGAAGCUAUGACUGAUGUUUAUAAGGUUCCACAUGAAAUUGAACAUUAUGCAUGCAUGGUUGAUCUCUUGGGGCGAGGAGGGCAACUUGAGAAAGCAGUUCAAUUGAUAAAAUGUAUGCCAAUGAAACCAGAUGUUGUGAUAUGGGGUGCUUUGCUUGGAGCUUGCAGGAUUCAUGGCAAUGUGAAGGUUGGAAAGCAAGUGAUGAAACAACUUUUGGAGUUGGAGACAAAUAAUGGAGGACUAUAUGUUCUCUUUUCAAAUAUGUAUUCUGAUGUUCACCAGUGGGAAGAUAUGAAGAAUCUUAGGAAGCUUAUGAAAGAGAGAGGGAUAAAAAAGGAUAAGGCAACUAGUUUUAUUGAAAUAGAUAAUAAUGCCUAUAGGUUUUUAGUAGAAGACCUGAGACAUGAAAGCUCAAGAGAUAUAUACUGUAUGCUUGAUCAAUUAACAGACCAUCUGAUGUCCGUAGAAUGUCUCUCCAUGCCCUCUGGAGCAUUUUUUGAUGUGGAAGAAUGGCAAGAAUCUCUAUGUGUCUAUUGAGUUAUUCAUUAUUCUUUAUAAUAUUCUUUGAUAUUGUGUUAAAAAGGAUAAGGCUCCUGCUGUGAUGAACUCCAGAUCUUGUUGUUGCUCAAUCUAAGCAGGUUUUCUCUUCUUUAUGACAAAUGAUGUAAUACACUGAUUUAAUGAAAUGUUUUCUUGACUGAA